AUGCUGCCAUCACGUGAGCGUCUUCAAGAGCGACAAGGUCAACACGCACCACCACGUCACGAAUACUUGCAGCAGCUGGUAGAUGAGUUCCAGCGCUCGCCUGACAAUCUUCGGAAAGAAGAAGUGGUGGCACAUUUGGCCAACUUCGCCUAUGCCCCUAUCAACUACACAUCCCUUGGCCGUCUGCGCGUCAUGGAUCUAUUUCUUGAUAUCUUGGCUGCUGAUCAAGAAAACAGCGACGUUACCAAUGCCAAUUACGAUGAAAAGACCACGCAAGAGUCUCAACAAGGUCGAUUUUCCACAGCAUCGUCACCUGAAGCUCCACGAAAGAAUCAACUUGUGGAAUUUGCAAUUGAUGGCAUUUGUAAUUGUGUGAUAGACCCUCAAUUACAACAGCAGUUCAUUGAUGGUGAUGGAGUGAACAUUCUAGCGCCAUACAUCCUCGAAAUCCCACUUGAAGGCGAGCACCCAACGUCAUUCACAAUUUCAGAGCUCAACGUCCGCGUCUCCGCAUUGUCCAUCGCGUAUUUUUUGCUAAACUCAAGGGCUUUUCGUGACAUCACGCGCAGUAAGUUUAUGAUCAAGAUGCAAUCACUGGAGCAUCAUUCCAUUGUACAAAUCGCCAAUACAGCAGCAGCAUUCCUCGGUCAUUACCAAGAGCUCGUUACUCCCAUGAUGUAG